GAAAAGCAACCAUGCCACGCUGGAUAAAAGAGAAACCGAAGGCUCCCCUCCUCCUCCAUUCCCCUCCUCUCCGCCGGCCACCGCGAGGGUUCACCGGAAUCUCCUCCUCCUCCUCCUCCUCGUCGACGCGGCCGAGGAAGAAGGGCGAAGUUCUUGAGCUGCCGCCGCGCACCUGACCCGCAGCCUGCGCCUGGGAUGGAUCAGCCGCCGGGACUAGCGGACAUAACGAGCGCUGGUUCAUCAAAUGGAUGGACGGAUGAAAAGCACAUGCUAUAUAUUAGUUCAUUGGAGGAAUCAUUUGUUACCCAACUGUAUGAUGGUAAAGUCAACUCAAAGGCGGUGUUCUGCCGAUCUUCAAGUGUAUGGGGGCACGGUAUGUGCAAUGAAAAUCGUACAGAUAACAUAGUUGCUCAGGAAUUCUGGGGGUUGGAUGAGGUUGACGGAGCUGCAUCGAGAGCAUCACAAACUAAGCAUAUCGGAUCAACUUCAUGUUAUGGCCAUCAGGAAGAUAGCAAAUCCUAUUUUAUGGGUGAUGAUGCAUCAACUACUGAGCCAAGACAAGAAAGAAUCAGUUACCGUGCAAAACGAAAUAGCCAUGGAUUGUGUUCUGCUUCCAGUUUCCACUGGCAUGGGCAAUCUUCUUCUUGGAUAACAGAGUUAUCAGACCAAAACUUCAGCGAUGAGGAGACUGAAAUUAGAAGGGAACAAACCGUAGCAUGCAGCAACAAGAGACUGAAACAUGCUCCUCCUGGUACAAACAUGGUUGCGUCACCUGGAAACGCAAAUUUAGAAGGAUAUUACAGUGGCAGCUCAUCAGAUCUCGACAUUGGAUUACUGUACGCAGAAACUGCUUCACCAUCGUGGAAAUCCCAGGGACAGAGGACUUGGUCCGUGUGAGGUUUAGAACUGAGCAGCUAAGCUGCACAAAUUUUUAACAAGAAAAAUGGUAGCGGCGGUUGUUUUGGUAAAUGCAGCAUGGCUUCUUUGUGUAGAAAUGAUGUAGCUGAUUCGACACAGUUUUGUAAUAAGGUUUGGUGAAAGGCAACGCCAUAGGUACCGCUUCCAACAAGCACAACCAUGAUCACAACAUAUUCAAUUUCAGGUUUCACUAGCUACACUGGAACAUCAGCUGGGGCCUGGGACUCUUCCCUGUUGUUGUAUAUACUUGUAUGCUGUGCUAUGAAAGAAAUUGUUUCAGAAAGUCCAUUUUGCCAUCUGGUCGGGUUGAUUUCCAAAUUCCCAACCACCUUUAUGUGUGUCAGCA